CCUCUCCUCCUUUUCCUCCGCCACUACUACCUGUACAAGUUUCCUUCCCUAUGAAGGAGUCUUCUUAGUUUCCAGUCUGCCAAUAUCGCUUCACAUCACUACUCACUACUACCGCUACCGCUACCAUCUCCUCUUUUCGAGCUUUCCUUGUUUCCUUCAAAACCUCCGCUUUCUUCUCUCUUUAAGACUGUAACUACUCAACUUCGUGUUUUUCUUUUUUGGUUUCUGGGUGUUUUUUCUUUUCUGUUUGCAAGAGCAACAAUGGCAACUCCAAAACAACACAUAGAGCACAUAAGGAAAACUACAUUCUCAAUAGGAGGAGAAAAGAACCCUUUGGCUCCUAUGCUUGAUCAGGCUGUCAAGUAUCUUUCUGCUGAACUCUACGCUAAAGAUGUCCACUUUCUUAUGGAACUCAUUCAGAAUGCUGAAGAUAAUGAAUACUUGGAAGGGGUGGAUCCUUCACUUGAGUUUGUCAUAACAUCUCGAGAUAUAACAAACACUGGUGCGCCUGCUACUUUGCUCAUCUUCAAUAAUGAGAAGGGUUUUUCUGCCAAAAAUAUCGAGUCCAUUUGCAAUGUUGGAAAUUCCACUAAGAAAGGGAACCGGAAGCGUGGCUAUAUUGGGGAGAAAGGUAUUUUUCCUUGCUCAAUUUCUCGUGCAACAGUGUAUUUUAUAAGUUGUGCGCACUUCCGAGCUGCCGGCUUAUUGCUUGUGCCGUGUUGUUUCUCGGUUGUGUUUUAGUACAUUUUGU